AAUAUGGGAGUGCUUUACUGUGUGUGAAAGAAAGGCAUGCUAAUUUUGAAUAUAUGAUUUGUUUUACUGAAUUAAAGACCGUGUCAUAGCUACAGUGAUUACAUGAAUGGGAUGAAAUCCGGCUUCGUGGCAACCCGGAUAAAACAAAACAUUCUAAAAGGUAUUUGAGAAGUGUAUCACAGACAGUUUUUUAUAAUAUUAUCGUCUUUUGUAAAGGUCAAUAUGUAAACAUUUUUUUUACCUACAGUACACGAAGGCAGCAGAUGCGUUUCCGGGGACACGGAACACUGACGUAUCAGCAAAAACGGAAGCUUUCACCUGUUAACAAUCCAGGGCCCACUUUUCCCCUUUGUUUCUGCUGAGCGACAAUGUUACUUUGACGCUGAAAGGUUGGAUAAGAGCUGCGUGACGGAUAGCGUUAGAUAAUCGUUUUUAAUAAUUAUGAAAAGUACGAUAAAGUGUCGAGCUAGCUCAGCUGGGCAAUGUUAGCAUUGUUGUUGCUAUGAGCUAACAAUCAACAUACGCUGCUAACGUCCUUUCACUUACCUACUGAAGGAUAUCAGCAGUACAAGUUGCUGAGCUUUACACCAUUCCUCUGGGGUAAUUCCAGGUUCAACACAGAAGGAGGAUGGAAGAGAUAAAAACCGAGCCUGUGGAUUUUGUUAAGGAAUUUCAAGAAUACCUGACACAACAAACUCAGCAUGUCAACAUGAUCUCAGGCUCUGUUUGUGGUGAAAAGGAGUCAGGGCAGCCCUUUCAAGCCGUUGCCCCCAGGAGUGAGCAGAACGGUCUGGAUCCUCCCUCGGUGGAGGUGAGCCUACCUGUCGAGGAUGGGCCAGAAGUUCAGAUAGACGGCCUAGAAAGGACCAUCGAUGGGAAAUACAAGUGUAGCUACUGCAGCUAUGCAAACAAAGGCAUGGCUCGUUUAAUAGAGCACACCCGCAUCCACACAGGAGAAAAGCCUCAUCGCUGCCAGCUGUGCCCGUUUGCUUCAGCGUACGAGCGCCACUUGGAAGCCCACAUGCGCUCGCACACAGGAGAGAAGCCGUACAAAUGUGACCUCUGCGCCUUCUGCUGUAGCGACCGCAGCAACCUGUCUCACCACCGCCGCCGCCGCCACAAGCUCCUCCCAACGAGGGCCGUCCGCUCUCCGUUCACCAAUAAGAGAAUGCUGACCUCCCUGCAGAAAAGGACCGGCUCACCGGGCUUCACCAGGCGACUACUCAUCAACUUAAACUCUCACUCCAUGGCGAUGCCAAAAUCAGAUUAUCUGAAUAACUUUUCUCACAAAAUCCAUCACAAUUUGAACAGCAGUGAGAACUUGGAUGAGAAUGACCGUCACAACAGAGGUGCUAAUGGUUUCACUUUUACUAACCCACUGGACCAGUUGUCUACACUUGCCGGCCAGUUAGCAGACCUCCAUCCUCGUGCAUCCCCAGACAGAGAGUCCUUUAAAGACGAGAAGCCCAUCAUCAUUCACCAGAUCUCUAGUGAACCUAUAGCGAUGUGUUCAAAUCAAGUGCAGACUUCACCUCCUAAAAAUGAAUCUCCCACCUCAGGCUGCAGGAGUUACAGUCCUGUUCCCGGCCUGGGCUUUGACAACAGCAUGAACACUCUUACUGCGAGUGUUAGCAGCCAGCCGAGCUCACCCCCCCCUGCCCUGACCACAUCCGAGCAACUGCUGUUAAAUAAAUGCGAGCACUGUGAUAUUCACUUUCAGGAUUAUAUCCUCUACACCAUUCACAUGGGCUGCCAUGGCUACGAGCACCCAUUCCAGUGUAACAUCUGUGGGCACAUGUGCACUGACAAAUACAACUUUUCAUGCCAUUUUGCCCGUGGACAACAUAAAAAGUGAUUCCUAGCAUUAGUUAAUAAAGGAGUCUUGAAUCCUUA